AUGGACAUUGAGUCUGAAGUUGAAGCAGAAGAUCUGGAAACUUCGAGAACUGUUGACAAUACAGCUGAAGCUGAAGUUGAAGUCAUAGAUCUGUCCAAUGUCCUCAGUGCAAUUUACGACAACAAACCAAACCAAUAUAUCGGAACAGAAUAUGUAUCCACUUCCUCACUGGAUUCCCCUCGGAAAAAGUCCAAGUCACCGUUCAGCCUGCCGGCUACGAAAGACAAGGAAGAGCUCCAAGUUGAUGUUAUCUCCCAACAAAAGUCCACACCUGUUGUCCCAGCUAAAGGUGAUGUUAAUAUACAGAAUGUAGAACAGAUUUCUGGGAAAGGAAAAAAACGCUUGAGUUCAAUUUCAUCUCUUGAAGAUAAUGUAUUUUCUCCAAAGAGAACUCCUAGUGUUAAGGUUAAUGGAAAAUCUCCCAAUAUCUUGAAAGUCAACAGCACACCUCAGUCCCCAAACUCAGCUGCUGUCAUUGAAAUAGAAGAUACAGAUUCCGCAAUUGACACCGAUAAAGAAAAGGAUCUGCUGGGCAGUCCAAAACAUAACUCGUCUCGCCUCACAGCCUCGAGUCAGAAGGAAACCAGUGACUCUGAUAAAGAACAAACAAGGAAGAUGAGAGAUUCUGAUUCUGAUUCCAGAAAACCAACAUCCAGGGUUUUGCAGCAGGAUGGUAGUGCUAGUGGUGUAGGAUUGAGAUCGCGCAGACGUUCUGCCAACAGUGCUUCAGAAUCUGAGUUGGCUGGUGAGCCAUCAGAGCAGCAGAUAUCUUCCCCCAAACUUAAUAAGCCAAACUCACCUAUCAAAGGUUCUGUUUCUAGUCCAAAUUUGGGUUCGAAGAAAGUUUCAGAUCCAAAGAUUCUUUCUCCCUUCAUUAAACCAAGCUCAACUGUUCGUGAUUCAAUAGCCAGGUCGAGGAAGACUUCAGAAAAGGAAGAUGCAAAUCCAUUUAGGAGUCCACGAGGAUCCAAGAAAAGUUCUGAUGAGGAUGUUUCUGGUCCCGUGAGAAGCCCAUCCAGAUCUAAGAAGAGUUCAGAUGAAGAAGCUGCAAGUCCAUUGAGAAGUCCACGAGGGUCCAAGAAAAGUUCUGAUGAGGAUGUUUCUGGUCCCGUGAGAAGCCCAUCCAGAUCUAAGAAGAGUUCAGAUGAAGAAGCUGCAAGUCCAUUGAGAAGUCCACGAGGGUCCAAGAAAAGUUCUGAUGAGGAUGUUUCUGGUCCCGUGAGAAGCCCAUCCAGAUCUAAGAAGAGUUCAGAUGAAGAAGCUGCAAGUCCAUUGAGAAGUCCACGAGGGUCCAAGAAAAGUUCUGAUGAGGAUGUUUCUAGUCCCGUGAGAAGCCCAUCCAGAUCAAAGAAUAAAUCAGAUGAAGAAGCUGCAAGUCAAUUAAGAAGUCCACGAGGGUCCAAGAAAAGUUCUGAUGAGGAUGUUUCUGGUCCCGUGAGAAGCCCAUCCAGGUCAAAGAAGAAUUCAAAUGAAGAAGCUGCAAGUUCAUUUAGAAGUCCACGAGGGUCCAAGAAGAAUUUGGCUACUCAAGAUGCAAUACCUUUGACAACUUUGAGUCUGAAUAAGGAUUCAAAUGAGAAAGUUGUAAAACCUGUGAGAAGCCCAAGGCGACGCAGCUCAACGUCUCUGUCCAUCGAGGAAACUGAACCGUUGACAGAUACCUCUAGAAGUCCAAGAAAGAAACAUGAGCUUGAGCCAUCUGCCGUACCCAGUUUGGAAACAAGUUCAACAUCUCCUAGAAAAUCUGAAGGUAAUAUAAGCCCAACUAAACCACAAUUAAUCAGCCCUAUGAGACAGUCAUCACCAGUUAAGAAGCCAGCGCCUGUUGAUGAGUCUGUCACCCUGAAAACACCAAGUCGCACGCCACGAAGGAAGAGCGCCAUGUCUGCUCAGGAGAUGUCAAGUGUUGCCAAGGAGGCCAAAGUUCUUGAUACUGAUACCGUGUCUGAAGAUGAUGUUCGCAAAUCUUCCAGAAAAAGGAGAUCAACAAGAUCUGGGACUGACGAUGAAGAUGCUGCACCAAAUGUUAAAACUCCAAGGAGAGGAAAGAAAGGAUCAAAAUUGGAUGAAAGUCGUGGCACAGAGUCCAGUGAUGUAUUUUCCUCCCCAGAUCGAGGGAGCAGGAAGACAUCCAUAUCACUAAACAGGAGUUCAGAUAGCAGCUCAAAGGCAAAAAUUACCAAACUUACAUCUUUGUCUGAUCAGGACAUUGAAGCAACUUCUCAAAACAGUGCAAAAAAAAUGAAAAAGACUGUUUCUACUUCAGAUGGUAGUCAGAUAGAUAUCCCAGAGUUAUCCGACAGUCAACAUGUGAAGACCAAUUCUAAUACCACACCUGGUAAGAACACUGUGAGGCAGACGCCAACUAAAGGGGAUGUUAAAACUCCGAGGAGAAGUUUAAGGGCAGCAGUCAUUGAUUCCCCUAUGGUCACAAGGUCAGGGAGGAAGGUCAAAACCCCAAGGAAAGGGAAGACAACUCCAGGUGCCACACCUUCAUCAAAGUCAAUGCAGACUAUUAGGGAGGACAAUGAAGAUGGAGAGGUGGUCUUCAACAUGACGCCAGCCAAACAGAGGAAAGGUGAAAGUGUGACAACACCUCAUCGCUCAGCUCGCAAGAAGACUCACGAGUGAUAACUGGAUGAAGACAGGAUCCAAGGGGCUUUCAUUACAUACCAAACGCAUGUCUUUCUUGACUAGGAAUAAGUAACUUUUGUCUAUGUCCUCUAGAAGAAUCAAUUAUCUGUGUAAUGUAAUGGUAAAUAUUGUUUAAUUCUUGGGGGUUAAAGCGUUGGCUCGUCACGCCGAAGACCCGGGUUCGAAUCCCCACAUGGGUACAAUGAGUGAAGCCCAAUUCUGGUGUCCCCCGCCCUGAUAUUGCUGGAAUAUUGCUAAAAGCGGCGUAAAACCAAACUCAGUCAGUCAGUUUAUUUCUUGGUUUGCAGAAACAGGUGAGGGUGGUCUGACUUGUGUCCGAGUAGUGUGGAUCAAUGCCUAUCAUGUCAGUCACUGGAUUGUCUGGCCCUGACUUGAUUAUUUACAGACCAUUGUCCCGUAGCACUAAGAUUGCUGAGUGCAGAGUUAAACACAUCUAUUUGAGUGAAAAAUUCAGGUGUCAUGAGAUUUUGGAUUUUUGUUCUCGUCUGACAUGUGUCGGAAAAUGUAUACUGUUUGAGUCAAGCUACUCUUUUGUCUUCCAGUUCCAGUUUUCUCUGAACAAGCAUAAUACAUGGACUGUAUUUGACAGGGUUGGCAGGGGUGGAAAUUAACCCAUUGCCCGACGUCCUAGUUCAGUGUUUUUUUCCGUCAGGCAAGCAAAUUUGUAUAUCACACUGUACCGGUGUCGAGUUGACUUUCCAAUGUUAAUUAU